GCUCCGGGGCAGAGGAGCCACUCUGAGAUCUCCCAGGGAGUGCACGGAGCUGCCAGGAGCUGGGCACGGGAGGAGGAACCAGAAAACAAAGCACAAAAAAGGGAAGGUGACAUAGCAAGACACAGCUCUAACAUCAGAGAAAGGCACGAGACAGUGAGGAGGAAAAUAACAAAGGACUUUGGCAGGGUUUUUCUUCUUUUCCUUCUGUUUUUAAUCCUGCUUUCUGGAGGAAAAUGGGACAGCAGUUCACCAAUGCUGAAGGGGAGCAAGGAGAGAUUGAUGUUGCGGAGCUGCAGGAAUGGUAUAAGAAAUUUGUGGUGGAAUGCCCCAGUGGGACCCUGUUCAUGCACGAGUUCAAGCGGUUCUUCGGGGUCCAGGACAACCAGGAGGCAGCAGAGUACGUGGAGAACAUGUUCAGGGCUUUUGACAAGAAUGGGGAUAACACCAUUGAUUUUCUGGAAUAUGUAGCUGCCUUGAAUCUUGUUUUACGAGGAAAGCUGGAACACAAGCUGAGGUGGACGUUCAAGGUGUAUGACAAGGAUGGGAAUGGCUGCAUAGAUAAACCUGAGCUGCUGGAAAUUGUUGAGUCUAUCUACAGGCUGAAGAAGGUGUGCUGGUCCGACGUGGAGGACAGGACCCCGCUGCUGACACCGGAGGAGGUGGUGGACAGGAUAUUUCAGCUGGUGGAUGAGAACGGGGAUGGGCAGUUGUCUCUUGAUGAGUUCAUUGAUGGAGCCAGGAAGGACAAGUGGGUGAUGAAGAUGCUGCAAAUGGAUGUGAACCCUGGGAGCUGGAUCACUGAGCAGAGGAGAAAGAGUGCUUUGUUCUGAGAAAAUUCGGGUUUGACACGGCUGGAAUCGUGAUGCUGAUUCCCAACUGUGACCCUUCCUCUAGCCUGGUAGUGACUUUCCUUUUUAAUUCGAUCUCAGCAUCCAGAUGAAAAUUUGGGUGGUUUAAGGAGCCUCUCUCGAUGUAAAACCCGCGUGGUGACCACUGCUGGUACCAGGGACUAUUUCUGGCCCAUGGAUAAGUCUUGCUGUGUACACAGCACUGUGUUUGCCAGCUCUGCUUUUUGGUUACAGCCCAAGGAACAAACCUUUUGUGGCCUCCUGUGCAGGUGCCGGGCAGGGUUUGUGGCCGGGCAGUGAGGAGUGCAGGCAGCGGUGCAGCUCCCGUGCAGGUGCUGCUGGCAGGGCUCCCCCUGCACGGGUGCAGCACCUCGGGCCAGCACAGCUGCCCUGGCUGCAGCUGGGUGGUCAGGGGGGCUCUGUGUAGGUUUUACAGCCUUUACUGCUGCUCGUGUCCUGCAGACCAACACUCCAAAAAUGAGAAUUGGCCGAGAGCAGUGGCCAGGACAACACAGAGCCGAGGGAACGAGGCGAGGGCUGGGCAGGAGGAGCAGCAGCUCCUUCCCCUCCCUCCCGGGGACCUGAGGCUGCUCCUGCCCGCUCAGGGGCCUGAGGGGCCGGGAGAUGCUGGCUCCAAAGGCUGACAUUCCACAGCCCCCCUCAGAGGGCAGAAUGGCAGAGGUGUGACCCAGCUCCCUUUGAGCCCUGGCUCUGAUGGAAUCAUCACUCUGGAACAGCUUUUCCUGCUCUGGAUGAGCUCAGGGAGCUCCGGGAUUUUCUCUGCACUGGGAGGAGUUCAGUGUGGGAGCAGAGAUGAGGGAGAGCAGAGUUUUGCUUGGCAGGGUCUCUGCAAUGAGAGGAUUUGUGCUGCUCCACUGGCAGGACCACAGAAACAUAAAUCACAGAUGGCUUGGGUUGGGAGGAACUUUAGAACUCCUCGAUUUCCAACCCCCCUGCCCUUGGCAGGGGUGCCACAUUAGGUUGCUCCAAGCCCUGUCCAAACUGGCCUUGAAAAGUGGAAAAAGUGACAAAAAUUCCAGUACAGUGGUUUUACACUGGACUUAAUUUAGCCCCAGACUACAGAUAUAAAAUUUACACAAUUUGCAGGCUGAGCUCUGCUGUUCUAACCCAUACAAAGAUGUAUGUAGGAAAAGAAUUUGGGUUGAAUCAAUAUUUUGGUUCCCCUUUAUUAGAUUUACUGGUUCAUUUACAAGAAAAAAACUCCCCAGGAAAAUAACAUGAGUUUGCCAGUUCCAUUUUAAUUUUCCCAUGGGAUCAGUGGGCCAGGUCAUACCAAUGAAAAGAUUUACAACCCCUUUUUUGUGGCCUUUAAUUAAGACUGUAAUAACUGCCAUUAGCUGAUUAGUUUGCUGGUUUGUGGUCUUGUCAGUUUACCCAGUGUUUAAAUUCCACGGAGAAGUGUUCAGGGUUAGACACAAUCAGUGCUAGAGUGCAGAUCGUGCACAUUUCCACUUUGAAAUAGCCUUUCCAGGAGUUCUCUGUAAAUACCCAGCAGUUUGGCGUGUGCUGACUUAUCAGGGCUGAUUAGGCCUGAGCUCUCUGCUGCUCUGAGGCCGCUGGUCAAAGCUCUCUCCAGUCAAUGGUUUAACAGCCCAAGAUCUGAAAGAAAAAUCUGACUUCUGACUUGAGAGCCUGGAUGAAAACAUUCACUUUUAUUGAUUUUCCAGCUUGUGAAAAAAUGUUUUCAGUGGAGGAUACAAACCUCUAAGAAUUCCUUACAUUUUAACAUCUCAACCAAGGUAACACACCCUGCUGCUUGCAUGGAUUUAGAGAGGCUGUUUAGUUCAUAGAAUUGCAUUUUGCUGGUUCACUGAAAUGCUUCAGAUUCUCCAGUUCUGCUCACCUGGCCAGCCCAGGCUCUGCAGGGGCUGUUUGG